GGUUUCUUCGCAUACCUUCUCCAGUCCUGUUGCUCUCCGUGGCUAUAUUUCUGCUAUUCACUCUCUUAUUGGAAGGGGCCCUCCUUGGAGAUACAAAGACGGAGUCCUAACCGUCCCUGCUCUCAAACGCACAUGGAGCACGUAUAUGGAGCCCAGCCUGAAGGCUAGAGAUUCUAAGAGGUGGCCGCGAGCAAGGGGAGCUUUCCAGACAUGAGGGGCCACAAGCUCAAAAGCACGAAAGCAAGAGAUGUACAGCUGGGGACCAGGAACAGGAAAUAAAGAGAAGGAAAAGGAGAAACUGGAGGAAGAUGAGGUGGCUGCGGCUGGCACCAUGGCUGUGUCUGCCUCCCUCAUGCCCCCGAUCUGGGACAAAACGAUCCCAUAUGAUGGCGAGUCCUUCCACCUCGAGUACAUGGACCUGGAUGAGUUCUUGCUGGAGAACGGGAUCCCCGCCAGCCCCACACACCUGCUUCAGAAUGCGCUGCUGCCUGUGACCGAAUUGGAGGGGAAGGAGUCAGCCAGCUCUUCCACAGCCUCCCCGUCGUCCUCUUCCACCGUGGUCUUUCAGCCCUCAGAGACCGCCUCCAGCACAGAAUCCUCUGUGGAAAAUGAGAGAGAGACCCCCAGCCCUAUUGACCCCAACUGUGUGGAGGUGGAUGUGAACUUUAACCCUGACCCUGCGGACCUGGUCCUCUCCAGUGUGCCAGGGGGUGAGCUCUUCAACCCUCGAAAGCACAAGUUUGCCGAAGAGGACCUGAAACCCCAGCCAAUGAUCAAAAAGGCCAAGAAGGUCUUUGUCCCUGAUGAGCAAAAGGAUGAAAAAUACUGGACGCGCCGGAAGAAGAACAACGUGGCCGCCAAGCGUUCCCGGGAUGCCCGCAGGCUGAAGGAGAAUCAGAUCACCAUCCGAGCUGCUUUUCUGGAGAAGGAGAACACGGCCCUCAGGACGGAGGUCGCGGAGUUGCGCAAGGAAGUGGGCAAAUGCAAGAGCAUCGUCUCCAAGUACGAGACGAAAUACGGACCCUUGUAAGCGCCAGCCCCUCUCCGUGUUAGACAUCUCUGCCGAGGGACUCCCAGAGCGAGUGUGUGGGGAGGCGUUGGGGCUCACCACAGCUAGCCGGAGGUCCGCUGCUCCCGACCUGGCUCGUGCCAGGGCCCUUCUGCCCACGUGGGUCCCGUAGGGCGCAUCUGGAGGACUUGGUAACCCCUGACUCUGGGGGGCAGGAUUCCUCGCUGGUGGGGAAUGAAGGGAUUCUGUUGAGAUGGGUGACUGCCCUUGGACAUCCCAGUUGGAUUGGAAAAGGGACCCUCUGGAGUGUACAGCCUCCUUUCACUCUUUGACUUUCCUUCUGUUUUAGAUCUGGGCUAACAAGGGCUGCCUCUCUGUGGCAUCUCGGAAUGGUCCCUGGUUUUUCCUGCCCUCACAUCCCAUCAGAUAGCAGGGUGUGUUGGCCAGGUAGGAUAUCAUUGUCGUCCAGCUCCAGCCAGGAAAAGGGGAAGGACCUCGUGCAGUAGGAAAGGCCUUUUUCCAUCCUCCUCGGAGAGGUAGCAGUCCAUCAAGCGAGCAGGGCACAGAGCCUGGUGUUUCCCCGGGGCCUCGCUGUCCACAGCCUGUGAGCGUGUCCUUUAGUGCCUGCAUUAGACCCAGAAUAAAGCAUGAUUGUAGGGGGAGAUGGGGAACCUGAGGCAGCCAGGGCUUAGGAAUCGCCACUGGCCAUUGUCACCUCGGCCAGCCGGACCAGGAAGGCCUGUGACCGUCAGAGUGAGGUGUUUGCCACCCGGGAGUGAACGCACUGGUUCGUUGUGCCUGCUGUGACCCCUUCCAGAUGUUUUCGAUAAACUGGAGAGGAAGGCAUUUUCUUUCUAGGUGGUCCUGGAGUGCAGAGCCUGUGGUUUGGUUUGAAAAAGUGGGCCUCCCUGCUUGGACGCAGGCUGAGGUUAGUGGUCUAGGAUGCUUGUUGGAUGGAGCACAUCUAGUUCUCGUCUUGGUGAUUGGUACGAAGGCUUUGCCCGUCUCUGCCAGGAGCUGUGGGCAUGAGCUCUCAGCACGAUGAUCUCUGAGUGCCGUCUUCUUGGCCAGCAAUGGGAGAAGUGCAAGUGUAGGGCCUCAGGCUGCUAGAGAUGAACAGAUUGGAAGAGAAGAAAAGCUUGUGCGUCAGAAGGUUGGGGGCAGUUUUGUAAGUCCCAUAGACCCCUUCUGUCCCAAGGUGGCCUAGCCUCGUGCCCCACUUGUCUUCUGGCUGUCCUGGGGAUGAAGGCAAAGCCGUCUUUUUCCUUGACUUCUGUAGCUGGUGCUUGCACUUUUGAGUAGAUUUGUCUGUUUUCUCCAUACCGAUGAGACCCUUCAGAGACCCUGGGGCAAAUGGGAAAGCCCUCCAGUCGUCUGGGAUUCUUUCAAGGGGGGAAGAGGGAAGGGAAGGUGCAUGUGUCGGAAGAAAAACGAGCUGAUGGACAAAACCGUCACGCUUAACAUUUUGCUUUAUUUAAAGUGACCUGUCAGAUUCCGAGUAACAUCACUCUAAAGACUUUUAACAAACCCAAAUGGUAAAAACCACAUGUGAAACCGCCGCAGUGGACAGCGACAUCCAGGAUACUUGCCACAUCUGGAGACGAUGGCCCACUGCCCGCCUCGGUGGGUGGCUGGAGGACAGGGCCUCCCUUCAGUGUCUCCUGGGGCUUCUGGUUGGAGGGUGAAAACCCAGCAGACACACACACAUGACUUCUCCCUCUAAGAGAGGCCCAGACGUGAGAGCGUCAUCGUCUUGGGUCGGCCCUGAUCCGGGCAGGCAGCCUGGCCGGGGACUCCCUCUGAGAGGGCAGGUCUCAUCUUGCUGUUGAGGGGGACGUUAGCCUAAUGUGUCUUAAUUUUCUUUGACCAGAUACGGUAUGGUUUAUAUAUAGGUACAUAGAUGUGUGUAUAUAUUUAUAUACAUAGAUAUACUUGUUUUUAAAGAGUAAGCGCUGUUAACCAUUUUUUCAAUGCCUUGGGUCUGGUUGCCAUUUUGUGUUCUGAUUCAAGUUGGUGGGACAGUGUUGUAGACAUCUUUUCCUGUCGUCUUCUCUCCCACCCUCCUCAGAUGAGGGGGUAGCCAGGGCCCCCAUCCCCCAAAACUUUCUUGAGAGGGGAGGGCCUGCCGUGCCAAAUGCCAGCGGUAGCAAUGGGGGCGUGGGCAGGGAAGGGUUGGCUGGUGUCCUGUGCUCUGCUCCCGGCAGGCCAAAAGACUUGGGUCCAGCAGAACCAGAAGGGAGGAGAGGGCUCUGUUGCUUUCUUCAAAGAGACAGGGGCGGUCCCUUGACUCCCGGCUAACCCCUUUCCUCUGCUGGGCCAACAGCAAGGACGGGAGAGGCCCAGAGACUGAUUUGGUCUUCGGCAAAGAGUCUUUCCAGAGCAAAGGCAGGAGGACAGCUUGGAGCCCAGCUGGGAAUGCUCCCAUUUGUUUCCCCAGCACCCUGCCUUCAGCUUCCUGGGCAGGAGCCGCUCCUUUCUGGACGCUCCAGAACUGACGAAUCAUGGAUGAGCUUGAGGGUUAGAAGCGCCUGCAUACCACAAACGUGUGCAAACCCGUUGUGAUGGCCAGCCCCGGGGGGCUGCCUGGGGAGAAGAGGCCUCCGCCAAACGCUGAGCAGACAGCGGUGGGCAGCUGAGUGAGGGGCCUCAGGCCCCUGGCCUGGCCGCGCGGUCGCUGCGCUGCCCUCCUUACUGGCGUUUGGGUCCCCUCCGCCGUCCCGGUGGCGACGACUUUACUCGUGUUCCCGCUAAUGUAGCACAAGAAGUUUUCUAGAAAAUGGGGGAAAAAAAGACAAUUGCAAGACAGCUGCUUUCUUCCUGUGUUUGUAGUGCUGGAGGGCCACGUGAUACGGGCUGGGGUGGACAAAGAGGCUUUCCAUCUCCCCCCUGAGAGCGUGUCUGGGGGUGCCGGGGACGUGGCCCUGCCAGGUGGCAUCUCCCUCUGUGGGAGGUUCUAAGGACGAGGCAGGAAGGAAGCCGCGACUGCCCAGCUGAAGAAGGCACGGCUCAGACCUUUCAGUGCAGUAGUCUGUCGACCUCACGUGUCUGCGUAUGUGUGGGGGGGGAGGGGGAGGGGAGGGGGGAGUGGGCAUGCGACCUUCCCAGAGAACCCCAAGGAAUUAAAUAUUUGGAGAAAAAUUUUGGUCUGCCUCUUUGGUCUUUGGUAUUCCUGCUUUUCCUUCCCGACUUGUUGACCCCAAGGGCCAAGUGUUAGAUAGCUAGACUGAAAGGAUUUCUCUGGCUGUUCUGCCCCAUCCUCCACCCCGGUCUGCACUGCUGCUUGGUGCAGAACCUCUUGUCAGAGCAGCUGGAACAGAGGGACGGCUGGCCCAGGACGUCCUCCGCCCGGGCUGCUGCCAGCUCCUUGUGGGACCUGCCCACGGUGACCUGGGCCCAGUCCUGGCCCUUCUUCUGCAUCUGUCAAGUGCAUAUGGGGCAUCCUCCUCUGCAGGGUUAAAGAGGAUCACAGACGGGUAAGAAUGUCCCAGAAAGUGAACUAUGGUCGUCCAGCCUGGGAGCAUAGCCCACGUGGGCCCUUCAGCCGAAGUGCUCAACCAGCUUGCUUGAUUUAGGCGGGGGCGGGGGCAAGGAGAGAACACCAGCCCAGCCCAGCCCUGGACACCCAGAUCAGCAGUCCCAGGAGUCUUGCUCCCACAGGCUCCCCACUCCUGGAGCCCCAGCUCAGGAGAAGACCCCCCGGUGACCUCCAUUCUCCACCAAAGACCCUAUUUCUUCCUCAUAGAGCCACUCUCUCUUCAGCCUCAUUAUUGUCCUCCCCAGACAAUGGCUGCCUAGGAAAGGAAACGUGGUCCUGGCCAUGCCUACCCAGCAUACCUUUGCCCACUGAAAUGCCUUUUAAAAGGAUGGGUCCCUGGGCAAGUCACUUAACCCUUUUUGCCUCAGUUUCCUCAUCUGUAAAAUUAGCUGGAGAAGAGCAUGGC